AUGCGCUCCUCCAACCCCCUUCUCCUUCUCCUCCCCCUCCUCGCCACCCUCACCACCGCCCUCCCUGCCACCACCCCCCUCCCGCCGACCGCCCGCUCCACGGCAAGCUUCACCGGGCGCGGCCAGAUCCGAACGCUCUGGAACCAGGGCGACUACGCCGACCUCGGCUGCCUGACCGCGGCCGGGCUGUGGACGACCAACAACGCGCUGUGCGGCACCUUCACGGGCACGGCCCUCACUACCAGCAGCCUGCCGACCUUCACGCUGAGUUCGUCCGCGGGGCCGUGCCAUGUCUAUGGGGCGCAGUUUAAGUGCGAGCAGGGGGUGGUGGGGUUUGAGUUUGGGAUCUGGCCGUGGCCCAACUCGAUCCCGGGCAAGGACUGUUUGCGGUAUGGACAGUACGGGCUGAUGGCCAGCUCGGGAGUUGGGGGCCCCCCAGCGGCGGGGACGGCGAUAGAUGUGCAUUUCGUGUCGUACAGUGAGCAGGGCAAGUACGUGUGGUUGACCUGGGCGCCGGUUUAG